GGCAGUCCCCGCCCAGGUGGCCGCUGGAGACGGAAGCAGCUGUGCCUGGGGCCAUGGAAGGAACCCCUGCCUGGGAACCGGAAGCCUGGGGCGCCUCUGGGGGGUGGCCGGCCCCCCAGGAGGCCAGAGGAGGCCGGUCGCUGUCCUCUGUGCUGAACGAGCUCCCCAGUGCUGCCACCCUGCGGUACCGCGGCCCUGGGGUGCUGCCUUGGGGGGCUCUAGAGGAGGAGGAGGAGGACGGAGGAAGGAGCAUCCAGGCCUUCCGAGAAGAUGCCCAGCAGGAGCUGCAGGAGCCGCGCCCCUCCCGGGAGCUGCCCUGGCCCAUGCAGGCCAGGCGGGCACACAGGCGGAGCCAAGCCAGGGACCACGUGGCCUUGGGCUCCGAGUCCAGGGCGGCCCACUGGGCCCUGCUGCUUCGGAGGUCCAAGGAGAAGAUAAACGAGGGCGUGCGCACCUUGCAGCCCUGGGCGUGGACGCUGAAGAAGAUCGGGGGCCAGUUUGGCGCCGGCACGGAGUCCUACUUCUCCCUGCUGCGCUUCCUGCUGCUGCUCAACGUGCUGGCCUCUGUGCUUAAGGCCUGCAUGGUGCUGCUGCCCACCUGGCUGGAAGGGGCUCCCCCUGGGCCCUCUGGCUCUGGCGAGUGCGGCUCCUAUAACCCCCACCCGACUGGCCUGGUCUCCUUCCCCACUCAGCUCUUCAACUUGCUCUCAGGAGAGGGCUACCUGGAAUGGUCCCCUCUCUUCUACGGGUUCUACCCUCCCCACCUGCGCCUGGCGGUCACCUACCUGUGCUCCGUCUUUGCCAUCGGCCUCGUCUGCCUCCUGCUCAUCCUGCAUCGCUCAGUGUCCGGGCUGAAGCAGACGUUGCUGGCCGAGUCGGGGGCGCUGACCAGCUACAGCCACCGGGUGUUCUCGGCCUGGGACUUCGGCCUCUGCGGGGACGUCCACGUGCGGCUGCGCCAGCACAACAUCCUCUACGAGCUGCAGGUGGAGCUGGAAGAAGCUGCGGUGCGGCGCCGAGCCGCGGUGCGGACGCUGGGCCAGCAAACCAGGGUGUGGUUUGUGCGCGCACUGGUCAACCUCCUGGUGGUCACGCUCCUGGGGGCAGCCUUCUAUGGCAUCUACUGGGCUACAGCGUACACCGUGCAGCUGCAGGAGGAGCCCUUUGUCCAGCAGAGGCCGCUGCUGAAGCUUGGGGUGGAUUACCUUCCGUCCAUCUUCAUCUCGGGGGUCAACUUCGUGCUGCCGCCGGUGUUCAAGCUCAUUGCCCCACUGGAGGGCUACACUCGGAGCCGCCAGAUCGUCUUUAUCUUGCUCAGGACCGUGUUUCUCCGCCUGGCCUCCCUGCUGGUCCUGCUGUUCUCUCUGUGGGAUAAGAUCACUUGCGGGGGCAACGCCGAGGCUCAGGGGUGCAAAACCUGUGGCUACAAUUACAAAGAACUUCCGUGCUGGGAGACCCGGCUGGGCCAGGAGAUGUACAAGCUCCUGCUCUUCGACCUGCUCGCCGGCCUGGCAGUCACGCUGCUGCUCCAGUUUCCUCGGAAGCUGCUCUGUGGCCUCUGUCCCGGGGCCCUGGGCCGAGUGCUGGGGACCCAGGAGUUCCAGGUGCCUGAUGAGGUGCUAGGGCUCAUCUACGCGCAGACGGUGGUCUGGGUGGGGAGUUUCUUCUGCCCGUUACUGCCCAUGCUCAACACGGCCAAGUUUCUGCUGCUUUUCUACUUGAAGAAGUUCACCCUCUUCUCCACCUGUUCCCCGGCCUCCCGCACCUUCCGGGCCUCCACAGUGAACUUCUUUUUCCCCCUGGUCCUCCUCGUGGGCCUGGCCAUCUCCGCUGUUCCGGUGCUGUACAGCAUCUUCGUGAUCCCGCCUUCUAAGCUGUGUGGUCCAUUCCGGGGACAGUUGUCCAUCUGGGACCCGAUUCCUAAGACUAUAUGCACCCUCCCUAAAACCGCCAAAAACUUGCUCUUCUUCCUGGGGACCCAGGGUUUUGCUGUGCCCCUUCUGCUGCUUUCCAGCAUCCUGAUGGCAUAUACCGUGGCCCUGGCUAACUCCUACGGACGCCUCGUCUCUGAGCUCAAACGCCAGAUGGAGUCGGAGGCACAGAAUAAAGUCUUCCUGGCACAACGUGCGGUGGCGCUGAGCUCGGCCAGCGGGGCUCUUUGACCUCCCCAGCCUGGCUCGGGAUGACGUCCCACUUUCAGACCCCAGACCCCUUGUAAGCCUCGGUUACGUCAUUCACAAACUCGAAGAACUGGAGUAGACUCCACGUGCCCUUUCAUCCCAGAACCCGUGCCGCCCAGCUUCUGACUCUAAUGAACCUCUUUCUUGAUCAAUAAAUACAGCCCAGGAUGCUGA